UUAACAACUUUAAACUUUGCACCAAUCACAACCCAAAGCCCAAUUCUAGCAACUUCCUCUCCUUUGACUCUUUCGUUCAAAUUUACACAGACACAGUACACGCGUCCUGAACCUCCGACCUCCUCUACUACACCCACCACCACUACCUCACUACUCAGUCACUCACUAAUAACAAUUAGCAAUUACACAGACAAGUGCUCAUAGUUACAGAAUGUCUUCAGUUCGUACAUUUAUGCUGACCCUAUCGUUGCCACGCAAGCACGGGCUCUCUCUCUUGUCUCCACAAUCUUCUUCGAUCGGAUUCAGGAGCUUCCGGAGAAGCUACGUGGCCGCCUCCUCGUCUGCUUUCGCUAACGAGAACCGAGAGUUUGUGAUCGUUGGAGGUGGCAAUGCCGCAGGCUAUGCGGCUCGGACUUUCGUCGAACAUGACAUGGCCAAUGGACGCCUCUGUAUUGUGUCUAAAGAGGCGUAUGCACCUUAUGAGCGUCCGGCUUUGACUAAAGGUUACUUGUUUCCUCUGGAUAAGAAGCCAGCACGCUUGCCUGGAUUUCAUACCUGUGUUGGAUCUGGUGGGGAAAGGCAAACUCCUGAUUGGUAUAAAGAGAAAGGGAUAGAGAUGUUUUAUGAAGAUCCAGUAACGGGUAUUGAUAUUGAGAAGCAAACAUUGAGAACAAAUUCAGGCAAGCAACUUAAAUAUGGAUCACUUAUAAUAGCUACAGGAUGCACAGCCUCGAGAUUUCCAGAUAAAAUUGGAGGAAACCUAUCUGGUGUUCACUACGUCCGAGAUGUUGCAGAUGCUGAUUCACUAAUAUCAUCGUUGGAGAAGGCAAGGAAGGUGGUUGUUGUUGGUGGUGGUUAUAUUGGCAUGGAGAUUGCUGCGGCAGCCGUUGGUUGGAAACUUGAUACAACAAUCAUAUUUCCAGAGAAGCAUCUCUUGCCAAGACUAUUUACUCCUUCUCUAUCCAAGAGAUAUGAAGAACUGUAUCAAGAGAAUGGCGUCAAAUUCUUAAAGGGUGCCUCCAUAAAAAACUUAGAAGCAGGUUCUGGUGGACGCAUAGCUGCUGUCAAACUUGAGGACGGAUCUGCCAUAGAAGCAGACACAGUAAUUAUUGGUAUUGGAGCAAAACCUGCUGUUGGUCCCUUUGAAAGGCUAGGUUUAAACACUAAUGUUGGUGGAAUACAGGUUGAUGGUCAGUUCCGGACAAGUGCUCCUGGAAUCUUUGCAAUUGGAGAUGUUGCAGCUUUCCCAUUAAAGAUGUAUGACCGUGUAGCACGAGUUGAACAUGUUGAUCAUGCUCGUCGGUCAGCACAGCAUUGCAUUAAAGCAUUACUAAGUGCCCAAACUCGCAUGUAUGAUUAUCUUCCAUAUUUUUAUUCAAGGGUAUUUGAGUAUGAAGGUAGCCCAAGAAAAGUGUGGUGGCAAUUUUAUGGGGAUAAUGUUGGAGAGACGGUUGAAAUUGGCAAUUUUGAUCCUAAGAUAGCAACUUUCUGGGUAGAUUCUGGUAAAUUAAAAGGUGUUCUUCUUGAAAGUGGAAGCACCGAGGAAUUUGAACUCCUGCCUAAACUUGCAAGGAGCCGGCCUUCUGUUGAUAAAGCCAAGCUUCAGAAUGCAUCUUCAGUAGAGGAGGCCCUAAACAUUGCUCGAACAUCCUUACAAGUAUAGUACACUACAGAAUAGUGCAGAAGACAUGUUACAAUCAUCAACUGAGAUUGCUUCAUUUACAGAUUUUUUAAUUAAUAAUCUUCAUUAGGACUUAGUAAGAGAAAUAAUAAUAAUAAUGAUGAUGAUGAUGAUGAUGAUGAUGUUUCUUUGGGGAUUAUUUUUCCUCGUUGUCAUGUUCAAUAACUUGAAUAUUUUAUUGAUCUUAUUGAUGUUCCUCUCGUUUUAUUGAUCUUA